UGGUCCAAGAAAAACACUCAAAAUAAAUAGUUAAAAAGUGGCAGUCGAGAUCGGCAUGGACAAUGAGAUAUUUUAUUUUAAUGUCCACGUAUUAUCUUCAACAAUUUCCUCAAAAUCUUGCAUCACAGUCUCUCAAUUCAACAACAUCGUAUCCCAGAAAAAGAAAAAACGAUGAUGAAGUCCUCUGAUGCCGCGAACGAGAAGCUCUUAGAAAAUGGCACUUCUUCUUCUCAAAUCAGAAAAGGUGGCUUGCGAACCAUGCCCUUCAUCAUAGUGAACGAAUGUCUGGAGAAAGUUGCGAGUUACGGAAUCAUGCCCAACAUGAUAUUGUAUCUGAGGGACGAUUACCUCAUGCCUAUUGCGAAGGGCACAAGCGUAAUUUACACUUGGACUGCCGCAUCCGACGUCUUAUCCUUAUUUGGGGCCUUUCUCUCAGAUUCUUACUUGGGUCGAUUCCUCGUCAUUGCUAUCGGUUCCUUCUCCAGCCUUCUUGGUUUAACCAUGUUGUGGUUAACUGCCAUGUUCCCAGACCUAAAACCUUCCUGUGAAUCAUACAUGCUAGACUGCAACUCUGGUACACCAGCCCAACAAGCUCUUUUGUUCCUUUCUAUGGGAUUAAUUUCUAUUGGAGCUGGUUGCGUCAGACCUUGUUCCAUAGCCUUUGGAGCAGAUCAACUGAACAUUAAAGAAAGAUCUAAUGAUGAGAAGCUCUUGGAUAGCUACUUUAAUUGGUAUUAUACCUCAAUUGCAAUAUCAACCGUGAUUGCACUGAGUGUAAUUGUGUACAUUCAAGAAAAUCUAGGAUGGAAAAUUGGAUUUGGACUACCUGCUUUGCUAAUGUUCAUAUCGGCUGUCAGUUUCAUCCUGGGUUUGCCGUUCUAUGUCAAAGUGAAGCCAAGUCACAGCUUACUCACUACUUUUGUACAAGUAGCUGUGGUGGCUGUAAAGAACAGAAAACUUAGUCUUCCUGAUUCCAACUUUGUUCAGUACUAUCAAGACCAUGAUUCGGAGCUCAUGGUCCCUACUGAUAGCCUUAGGUGUUUGAACAAAGCUUGCAUAAAAAUUCCUGAGACAGUCUCGAUCUCAAACCCUGAUGGAUCAGUUUCAGAUCCAUGGAGCCAAUGCACAGUGGAACAGGUUGAGUCACUGAAAUCUUUGCUCAGAAUCCUACCUAUGUGGUCGACGGGCGUUUUAAUGAUGGUGUCCCAAGGCUCAUUCUCUACCCUCCAAGCAAAUACCAUGGACCGAAGGCUAUUUGGAAAUUUCAAGAUGCCUGCAGGGUCCUUCAAUCUUAUCAUGGUAUUGACCUUAUCAAUAGUCAUUCCCUUGUAUGACCGCAUAAUGGUACCUCUACUAGCCAAAUACCGGGGCUUGCCUAGAGGAUUCGGUUGCAAAACUCGAAUCGGGAUCGGAUUGUUGUUUGUAUGCUCAGCUAAGGCGACGUCAGCUGUAGUUGAAACUAUGAGGCGAAAUGCGGCCAUUGAACAAGGCUUUGAGGACCAACCUAAUGCUGUAAUUGACAUGUCGGUUUUAUGGCUGUUUCCUGAGUUUGUUUUGCUUGGAAUAGGCGAGGCUUUUAACUCGGUUGCGCAGGUUGAGUUUUUCUACACUUGUAUCCCCAAGACCAUGUCUAGUUUUGCAAUGGCUCUUUUCACUCUUGAACUAGCUGCUGCUAAUGUAGUGGGGAGUGUGUUAGUGAGCAUUGUGGACAAGGUCACUAGUGUAGGAGGGAACGAGAGCUGGAUAGCAACUAACAUUAACAGGGGACAUCUGAAUUACUAUUAUGCACUGCUCACUUGCUUAGGUUUAAUUAACUACCUCUACUUUCUUGCUAUUAGUUUGGCUUAUGGUCCUCCUCCCGGGCAAAAACUUGAAGCUAGAAGAGAAAUUUGAUUGCAGGAAGUUACCUACUUCCUAGAUUAUUCUUUAUACAACAUGUACUGUAAACGCCUGAGAAAUUGUGGUUUUGUAAGUUGUUUUAUCUGUGAAAUUAAUAGGCUAAAUGUAGAUCUGUCCUAAGAGUUUUGUGAUCUUGUACAGUAGAGGUAUAUAUGAUGUAAAAGUGGAAUGAAAUGAAUGUAUCUUUCCCACGCCUAAAUACUGCUAUGGUAGUCGUAACUUUUGCAUGGUAAUAAACUUAGUUAUACCAUUAUCAGUAGCCUUUAUUAUUUUA